AGGGGUUUCUUCUCCCGCCGCCUUCGACCGUCGUUGAGGGAUGGUGCGGGUUUGGUUAAUUUUCUGGUGUGCUUUGGGGAUGAUUCAGGGGGGUCAUGCUAUGGAUUGUCCUCUUCUCUUGCGGUUGUGGAUUGAAUCGUUGAUUCCGAUGACUCCAACCGCGUUUGUAUUCGAGGUGGCUGUGUUGGAUGCGUCGUUGGAUGCGGUUGUUGUGCGGAUGGACGAGGGAUGGGUGGUUGAGAUCGCCCUCUGUUUUGAUGGUUUUCGAAUAGGAUGGGCGGCGUUUGAGGAGACUCAAUCGCGGCAGGGUUCAAGCUCUCAGAAUUUGGGCGUCCUAGGCUGCCAACUUCAUCAGGAGUGCCGCUCUUAUUGGCUAUCUUGCAGGAAUAGGGAAGAAUAAAGCUUCAUGGUGCGAGUGUUUGUGUUUCUGGAGCAUGGUUUGUAGCUUCAUUGGUGUGGCAAUUGCCGGAGGCAAAAAGAAUAUAUGGGAAAUUGUGGUAGUGGAUCAGCACGAGAUAAUUCAAGAUGCAGUGGUGAAAAUGAAAGAAAAAGAUGAAGUGUCGAUCAGUCGAUGGUUCGUCCCCCUUCGGAACCACCGCCAAAAAAUGAAGAACGAGAAGAUUUG